AUGCUUCUCAUGCGCGGACGAUGCUUGACGCGCCACGGAACAGGGCGCUGGCCAGAUGUGGCACUCGGCUGGCCAGCCAGCGGUAUUGAAAGUGGCGUGCAAGAAGAAAUCGGCGCCACGAGGCAGGCUCUCUGGCCAUUCAGCCCCGGGAGCCGUUCUGUACUUGACACACAAGAGGGGAGUAUCAUGCACCCUGGGUUUGGUCAAGAUGAAACAAGCAUGAAGUUGAGCAAAAUGGAGGGCGGGCACAAGCAGAGGAAGAAGUAG